AUGAUAUCUAAAGUGCUUGCUAAUAGGUUGAAGAUUUGUCUCGAUAAGUGUGUUUCACAGGAGCAGUCAGCAUUUGUGGAAGGUAGAUCGAUUCUUGAUAAUGCUCUUAUUGCCAUCGAAGUGAUUCAUGCUUUGAAAAGAAAAACUACAGGGCGCAGAGGUGAGUUAGCACUAAAUAUUGAUAUUAACAAAGCUUAUGAUAAGAGUUUGACCGAUUAUACCGGGUCGUGGGUUGCGACAAGGAGACCCUUUUCUCCUUAUCUGUUUAUUCUGGUAGCAGAGGGCUUGACUUCUCUUAUUCACCAGGACAAGUGUAGCAGAAGUAAAUCAGCUUAUGAGCAUUCUUCAAACCUUGUUGAACUAUAUCACAAUUUAUCUUUAUAA